CCGGGAAGAACAAAACUUUGCAAGUUAUCGGUAGACAAUUAGGAAGCAUAAGAGUCCGGACACCCGAACUUGAAGUUGACUCUUUGAACUAUAAAGCAAACGAAGUUCGGCAAAUGCAAAUACGUUGAUUGGGCGCUCCGAUAUCCGCUGCGUGAGUUCUCUCUUAUCAGUAGGGGUCGCUCGUUUACAAAACCCUUCAUGGAUUUGCUGUAGAAGAAGAUUAAAAAGAAAAACAUGAAGGAGCACGACAAACAGUCAGAAAUGCAAGUGUCCUGGAUCGAGAACUCCGAUUCUGUCUCGCGCCACUUCCAAUUCGAACCCGAUGGUCGUCUAUCUGUGAAGGUGCUUGAUGACGCGAGACCAGUACACCAGAGAGUGGUCGAAUCCUUCCUCAACAAAUUCUUUCCGUCUGGAUAUCCGUACAGUGUAAACGAGGGGUACCUAAGGUACACUCAAUUCCGCGCAUUGCAACAUUUUUCGAGUGCCACACUGUCGGUGCUAUCCACUCAGUCGCUGCUAUUUGCUGCAGGCUUGCGACCUACUCCUGCACAGGCGACUGCUGUAAGUUGGAUUUUGAAGGAUGGGAUGCAGCAUGUGGGGAAGCUUAUAUGUAGCAACCUGGGUGCUAGGAUGGAUUCAGAGCCAAAACGCUGGAGAAUAUUUGCUGAUGUGCUUUAUGACUUGGGGACUGGUUUGGAAGUUCUUUCUCCAUUGUGUCCUCAUCUUUUUCUUGAGAUAGCAGGCCUGGGCAAUUUUGCUAAGGGGAUGGCAGUAGUUGCUGCAAGAGCAACAAGGUUACCAAUAUAUUCAUCCUUCGCGAAAGAAGGCAAUCUCAGUGAUCUAUUUGCGAAAGGGGAGGCCAUCUCGACUCUCUUUAAUGUUGUUGGGAUAGGAGCUGGAAUUCAAUUAGCAUCAACAGUGUGUUCAUCAAUGCAAGGAAAGUUGGUUGUGGGGCCUCUCCUUUCUAUCGUACAUAUCUACUGUGUGGUUGAAGAAAUGCGAGCUACCCCUGUCAAUACUUUGAAUCCACAGAGAAUGGCUUUGAUUGUGGCUGAUUUUGUAAAGACUGGAAAAAUAUCAAGCCCAGCUGAUCUAAGAUACCAAGAAAACCUCUUAUUACCUGGCAGACUUAUAAAAGAUGCUGGAAAUGUCAAAGUUGGUAGGGCUUUCCAUAAGGUUGUUAAACCUUCAAGACUUCCUGAAUUGAAAGAAAUAUUUUCCGAGGAGAGGUUUCUUUUAAAUCGUGGGAACAAAUGGACUGACAUGAUAUUAGAGCGCAAUGCAACUGGUGAAGAUGCAUUGAGGGGGUGGCUAGUGGCUGCAUAUGCUGAGAGCAUGGAUAAAUAUUCUUACUAUGAGUCAAAUGCUAGUGUCUUGCAAGAUGCAUAUGAAAGAAUGAACAGCAUUUUUACUCCAUUUUUGUCUGAACUCCAGGCCAAAGGAUGGCACACUGAUCGUUUUCUUGAUGGAACGGGAAGCCGCUUUGCAUGGUAGUAUUUUGUUGUCUGAUGUAAACGCAAAGAUCAAUUUAGUCUCUGAUUAACUUACUGGAGAUGCCUCACAGGACCAUAUGUGUUAGGGCCAUAGCGCGUCGUUUAUCGUUUGCAUUCCAAACUGUAUCAGCAUUCCUUUGGCCUAAUUUGUAUUUGACUGGAGUUAAAGAAGAAAAUGGCAAAUAUCAUUUUCUUUUGACUUGUGCAGAUGAGGCUUGUUUUAGCUUAUUUCUUUUUGAAUUCUGAAUAAUAUACGGAUUGAAGAACAUGAUCUAACUCU